AUGCCCAUCUGUGUCCCCCAGGUGGAGGAUGGCGGGAAGGCAGCCCUGUCCCGCAAGCUGCAGCCGGGCGACGAGCUGGUGAACAUCAGCGGGACGCCGCUCUACGGCUCACGCCAGGAGGCCCUCAUCCUCAUCAAGGGCUCCUACCGCACCCUCAAGAUGAUCGUCCGCAGGAGGAACGUGCCCGUUCUCCGGCCCCAUUCCUGGCACAUGGCCAAGCUCUCCGAGCUCCAUCCCGACGCCACUGCCAUGCACUGCCCUGCCGACACCUUCAGCCUCUCCUGGCCCUCGGGGUGUGAUGUCAGCGAGCUGUCGCUGCAGUGGAACCCGCUGUCCCGGCACUGCAGCACGGACAAGAGCAGCUCCAUUGGGAGCAUGGAGAGCCUGGACCAGCCCAGCCAGGCCUACUACGAAGGGAACCCCUCGCCUGUCGACCAGGGCCUGUACCACAACAAGCGCGACUCGGCCUACAGCUCCUUCUCUGCCAGCUCCAACACCUCCGACUGCGCUCUCUCCCUCCGUCCCGAGGAGACGUCCUCCACCGACUCCAUCCUCCAGGGCCUGGCCCCCUGCAAGCACCCGGACGGGCGCUACCUGCAGACGGGCGGUGCCGUUGCCCCAGCUGCUGGCACCCCUGACCCCUGGGCUUGGGCCUGCAGGUUGGAUGAGGCUGAUGAGGAGCAGGUGAAGGGUGCCGUUGCCCCAGCUGCUGGCACCCCUGACCCCUGGGCUUGGGCCUGCAGGUUGGAUGAGGCUGAUGAGGAGCAGGUGAAGGCCGGGAAGGAGCGUUUCCAGCAGGACUGGCGCCUGGAGGCCACGGCACAGGACAGGGAGGGCUUCGAGCCCAUCUCGCCGCCCCCUGCCAGCCCCACCUCCUACUCAGCCUACUACAACACGUCGGCGGGCAAAGCCGAGCUGCUCAACAAAAUGAAGGAGCUGCCGGAGGUGGCGGAGGGGAGCUCGGAGGAUGACGAGGUGGAUCACGAGCUCGUGGAGAAGAAGAUGCAGCUGAUCGAGAGCCUGAGCCGGAAGCUGUCGGUGCUGCAGGAGGCGCAGCGGGGGCUGCAGGAGGACAUCAGCGCCAACGGGGCGCUGGGGGAGGAUGUGGCAGCCCGUCUGCAGGCCCUCUGCACGCCCAGCGAGUUCGACAAGUACCGCCUCUUCGUGGGCGACCUGGACAAGGUGGUGAACCUGCUGCUCUCCCUCUCGGGGCGCCUGGCCCGCGUGGAGAACGCGCUCAACAGCCUGGGGCCGCACACCUCUGCCGAGGACAAGGUGGCCCUGCGGGAGAAGAAGCGGCAGCUGGCAGCGCAGCUGGAGGACGCCAAGGAGCUGAAGGAGCACGUGGGGCGGCGGGAGAAGGUGGUGGGCGCCAUGGUGGCGCGCUACCUGCGCGAUGAGCACCUCCAGGACUACCAGCACUUUGUCAAGAUGAAGUCAGCCCUCAUCACCGAGCAGAGGGAGCUGGAGGAGAAGAUCAAGCUGGGCCAGGAGCAGCUCCGCUGCCUCCAGGAGAGUCUAGGCCAGGCCCCUGUAGGCUGUUAGCCCCCAUGCCCAGGCUGUCUGGCCUCCC